AUGUACAAAACGCCCAUCUGCGUGCUACAGCUAAGCAGGGUGGUGAUGAACCACAAGCUCUGGGCUGUGUUUAUCAUCACCUUCAAGUUCAUGUCCUUUGUCUCCAUAAUGUUUUACUGGAAAAUCACCGAGGACGCCAAAGGCAAGAGUCUGCUCUAUGGCUUGCCUCUGGAAGUCCAAUGUCCUCGAUCUGUGCCUUCUCCUCCCCCAGCUGUAUCUGGCAGGCCACCUCCACCGCCUGGGGAUAUAUUUUUUGUGGAGACCUCAGAGAAAACCAACCCAAGUUUUCUCUUUAUGUGCUCUGUCGAAUCAGCAGCCAGGGCUCACCCUGAGACCAAAGUCGUCAUCCUUAUGAAGGGCUUGGCAAACAGAAAUUUCACUCUUCCAAAACACUGGGGCUUCUCCCUGCUGAGUUGCUUCCCCAAUGUGGAAAUCCGGCCACUGGACUUGAAUGACCUUUUCUCUGGUACCCCUCUAGCUGAUUGGUAUUUGGUGGCCCAGCACAGAUGGGAGCCUUAUUUCUUACCCAUACUUUCUGAUGCCUGUAGAAUUGCUAUAAUGUGGAAAUUUGGGGGUAUCUACUUAGACACCGACUUCAUAGUCCUUAAGAACUUAAAGAACCUCACCAAUGCGCUUGGAACCCAGUCCAAAUAUGUAUUGAAUGGAGCUUUUCUCUCUUUUGAAGCCAAACACAAGUUCAUAGAGCUUUGCAUGCAGGACUAUGUGGAUAAUUACAAUGGCUGGAUCUGGGGGCACCAGGGCCCACAGCUUUUAACACGUGUUUUCAAAAAAUGGUGCUCGAUCAGGAGUCUCCGGAGCAGUAAAAGCUGUAAAGGAGUCAGUACUCUUCCCAGAGAAGCCUUUUAUCCCAUCCGCUGGCAGGACUGGAAGAAGUACUUUGAAGUGGUCAGCUCUUCGGAGCUUCACAGACUCUUCAAGAACACCUACGCGGUGCAUAUUUGGAAUAAAAAGAGCCAAGGGACAAGAUUUGAGAUCGCCUCAAAAGCUUUGCUGGCUCAGCUGCAUUCCCAUUACUGCCCUUCAACAUAUGGGAUAAUGAAGAAGUAUUUUUGA